AAUUUUUCCCUCCUCUUCCCCUCACGAGUCACCACCAUAUAUUGACAGUUAAUUUCGCUAAUACCAAAAACACAACCUAAUCUCCAAUCAUGCGGAUAAUAAACCCCCAAGACGCAACCCUAACAAACAUCGAAGUCCUCUCCUACCUCUCAUCCAACCCCCCACGGCGCCCGCCAAAUGCACCCCCAGGAGUGAACCAGAAACAUUGGAUCCCGAGCCCAGAUCUCCGGGACCAUAAUACCGUUGUUAAGGAGAUACACAACUAUGCCUCACGUCUCUCCCCGCAUCUCCUCCGAUACCCGCAAUAUGCAUCCUCGGACUUGAAAGCGGAAACCGGCGAAACGCCCUUGGAUAAUGCGCUGCGGGAACUUAUUGCCCGGUUACAGCCCUAUGGACUGACGAAGGGCGAAGUGCUUAUGAUUGUUAAUUUGGGAGUGGGUGUUCCGGCUGCUGCGCCUGGUGCUGGUGCUGGUGAGGAAGGGGAGGCUCACGAGGGAGAAGGGGAGGGGGAGGGAGAAGGUGAGGGGAUGGAUGUUGAUGGGCAGGAUGCUGAUGGGGGUGGGGAAGGGGACGACUCUGCAGCCGUAACUGGGAAUGGGGUUGAGGAGGUGGAACAAAUGGCGAACGGCGAUGGUGAGGGUGAGGGUGAGGCUGGGGCGGAGGGGGAAGGGGAAGGGGAAGAGGGUGAGGCGGGUGAUUAUGGUGCUCUGGCGCUGAUUGAUACGGUUAUUGAGGAACGAGAACAGCGACUGAGCGAUGAGAACGUCUUAGAGAUUCUGGCGAUUAUCCGGGAGACGCUAGGCGCUGCAACGACAUAAAUGGAGUGCAUAUAUUGGGAGAUGCUUGUGUAUGAUAUCUUUUUUGGUCAUGUAUAUACUGGACUUGGGCGUUAGAGGACACGGAUAAAAAGUACGGAGUACUGAUUCGAUGAUCAAUUUACUGCUGCUGCAGCUAUACGCAUCGCUUGCAU